UGAACAGACUCUUCCUAACUCAAGGUUGUGCUUCUUCAAAAUUGAAAGACAGUGAAACGUCUAGCGCACCGCAUCUCUCAAAUCACGUCGACAUCUGAGCCAAACGUGAAGGAUCUGCUCCACCAUUAGUCAUUUCCAAUUCCGAAUUAAACUCCAAUCUACGUAAUCGACGGCAGGAAGGAAGAUGGGUGCCAUCGACAACAAAUGCGUCUGGAUCACUGUCUUUUUGGCAUUAAUGGCAGUUGUGUUGCCGUUGGAAAUGGAUGACCACUCCGAGGACUUAUCGCCCAUCGCGGCAGUGCAUUCCAUCUAUGCGAAUCAAGAAGACAGCAGACCGCGCUUUAUCAUCACGGCUCGCGCGCUGGAAACACCAAUCGAUUUGAUUGAAGAACAAGAGACGGAAAGUGAACUAGAAGCGACUGAACACGCCACAGAUGAGACGGAUAAGACGAGCGAAACGGAAGAAUCCGUGACGGAAGAGCGAUUCUCUAGCACGGAAAGCGGCCUGUUCACGUCGACAUCGGCUCCCGCAUACCAAACUGAAUUAGCUUCUACUAUUGCCAGCGUAAAUCAAAGUUUAGUGGCACGGACAGGUGAAGCUGCCGACAUUGUCGAUGCGUCUCCGUCUGAGCUCGUAGAAGUAAAACAAGAGGACGAAGAUUUAAACACGUCGUCGACCAACUUAGAUAUCCAUCACAGAAGAACAGAUCCAAAUGAAGGAGAUCACGAAGUGCUAUACGCAAAGCUCAAGCAUCCCGUCGGUAGACCUUCAUUUAGCAAUUUCCCCGACCACACUGAGACGUCUGUCGGUUCAAUUUUCGGACGGCCAUACAAUGCACGACCCUUUGGGCUUCCUCCUCGACCUACCACAACGGAUCAAGGAGUUUUCCCGAGUUUCCCGCAGAGACCGAUCCCUUCUCCGGAUGGUGAAGUGCCUACACCCGAUAUCAGCUGGAACAAGCCCAACCGAUGGGAGAAGGAAAAAGCAGCUAAUCAGCGCUUCAACAUGACACGAGUUUUAAACAUUGAAGCUGAGUGUCAGAAUGAUUACAUGAAAAUCAGAUUGCGUUUUAACGGCUCUUUCAGUGGCAUCAUUUACUCCACCGGGUUCGCGUACGAUCCCCUGUGUGUCUACGUCAACGGGACUGGGCGUGACUACUACGAAUUCUAUAUCCAACUGAACCGUUGCGGUACGCUAGGUGGUAACACACAUAACCUGGACAGCCGAAAACAACCGACGAAAAACUUCAUGUGGAACACUCUCAGCAUCCAGUACAGCGCGCUUAUCGAAGAAGAAUGGGACGAACACUACAAAAUGACUUGUGAAUACGGCUACGAUUAUUGGAAGACGGUUACGUUUCCUUUUUUAGACGUGGGGGUGGCGACCGGCAAUCCGUUGACGUUCACGCUCACCCCACCAGAAUGCCACAUGGAGAUCCGAUCAGGGUACGGAACCACAGGGGCUCGCGUUUCCGGACCAGUUCGAGUCGGCGACCCGUUGACAUUGGUCGUCUACAUGCGUAGUCAAUUUGAUGGAUUCGAUGUCAUUGUCAGCAACUGCUUUGCUCAUAAUGGCGCUACUAAAAAGAUCCAGUUGAUUGACGAGAACGGAUGCCCGAUCAACGAGAAAUUGAUCAGCCGAUUCCGGGGGACGUGGACGGAUGCGGGACUCUACGAAACGCAAGUCUUUGCUUACAUGAAAGCUUUCCGGUUCACUGGCAGCCCGGCUCUGUACCUCGAGUGCGACAUUCGCAUGUGUCACGGACAUUGUCCGACUCAGCCGUGUUACUGGAGGAAUAGCCGCGAGUUAACCAAACGUGACGUCCCUCGUGUGGCGAGAAGCGCUAAGGAAAACACGACCCUGUCCGAGAAUCUGAGCUUGUUCCAGGCCCUGCAAGUCAUCGCCGAUGAUGAGACUGCAGCUGGUGAAUUAUCUAACGAGUUUGUUGCUGAUAAGAAAAAGAGCUCAAGCGUUUCUGACACGGAUCACAUUUGCCUCAAACCAGUAGCCAUUGGUGCUCUUAUCGGAUUAUCUGUCUUGAUCUGCACCGUCCUGAGUAUUAUUUUGUGCAUCUUAUGCGUGCGUUUACGUCACCGAUCGCAGUCAGAGAGUUCUCUCUACCACCAACACUACGGCGCACCGCCGACUAUUGACAAUCAUUUCGGCAAUAAUAAGCAUCGAUCCAACUUCCAAUAGCUCCAAUUGCAUUAACAACAAAAUCAGCCAUUGCAAUUUUUAUACAGGAACAGCUUUGAAAUUUUCCAAAAAAAUGUUGAUGCUUAAUUUUUUAUUAUCGCGCGUUUCUGUCAAAAAUAUUUUAGUUGGUGAAAAGGGUUAACUUGAAGACAACGAAUUAAUCGGUAAUUCGUCCAUUCAAACGGGCUUUUCUUUGAGGACUGACUUCUUAAUGCGGUUUCUGGAUUAUUUCAUCGAUGUAAAGUGUCCCAUAAAGUUGGCGGGGGGAAAAAAAAGAGUAAUCACAUUGAAUGAAUGCCGGUGGGCGUUACCUUUUUUUUUAAUUGUUGAAUUUUUUUUUUGUACUUUACUUGCAUAUCUAUAAAACCAAAAUUUUGUUUCGAGAAUUAUAAUUCACUCGCCUUGAACAUUGUCGUAAUGACAAUCAGCUGCGUGCAAAUACACUGUGACUAACGUAAA